UCCGCCGUCCACCGUCCACCGUCCACCGUCCACCGUCCACCGUCCACCCACCGCCUGGUAACGGUCGGUUGCUCCCAACGGUUGUAUUCCCUUCAAAUUCGAACUGUCUAAGGACGUAAAGGAGGCAGGCGAUGGAUCUAAUGAACCUUCCCGCUUGCCGUCUCUUCCCAUUUCAAGAUAGGCCAGUAAGAGAAGUGGCCCGAUUCUGAUUUCCCUCUUCGUCGAUUGAGUUCCGCCGGUGAUGGAGGACAUGUUCGACUCGAUGAUCUUGGUCUCCGGUCCAAGUUUUGUUCGAUCAGGGUUCGAGGAGCAAGCUUUUGGAGACGAUGUCGUGAUGUUCGUUAAUGCUGGAGGAUGCGAGAUUCAGGGAAAAGAUUGCCAUAAGAAAUUCAAUGGUGAUGCCUAUUUCCAAGGUGGAGACAUAAUAGAAACCAAUGAAAUCAUAGCUAAAAGUGGUGACCACCUAUCACUUUAUCAAUCUGCACGAUAUGGCGACUUCCACUACACGUUUAAUAAUCUUGCUCCAGGAGACUAUUUUGUGGACUUGCACUUUGCGGAGAUAGUCAAUACCAAUGGUCCUAAAGGAAUUAGGGUAUUUAACAUAUAUGUACAAGAAGAGAAGAUAUUAUCUGGACUUGACAUAUAUGCUGUUGUUGGAGCUAAUAAGCCUCUGCAGCUAGUUGAUAUCAGAGUUUCUGUGGUACACAAUGAGAGUGUUUUAAUAAGAUUUGAGGGAGUCUGUGGAUCACCAACAGUUUCUGGAAUUUGCAUCAGAAAGGCUCCAGCCUUAUCAGCAGCCACGGUAAGACCAGAGCUUCAGUUAUGCACCAAAUGUGCCACUGAGGUAGAGGGUUCUCCUAUUCAGAAAAAAUUACAGAGUAAAAAUAUUGCCCAAUAUGAGAAGAAAAUACAGGAGCUAACUAAUGAGUGUAAAAUGAAAUCUGAUGAAUGUUAUGAAGCUUGGAUGUCACUAACCAAUGCAAAUCAAAAACUACAGAAGGUCACUAUGGAGCUUGACAAAAUGAUUUUCCAAAAUGAAACACUUGAACAGGCUGUUGGAAGGGAGAUUGAAAAUUUUAUAGAUGUUUCUGAUAAAUACAAGAAGGAUAAGAAGUUGUGGUCUUCUAUAAUCAAUAAUUUGGAAAAGAAGAUUAAGACGAUAAAAGAAGAUCACAUAAAACUUUCUCAAGAAGCACAUGAUUGUGCUAACUCAAUUCCUAAUCUAAAUAAGAUGACUAUUGCAAUUCAGGCCUUAGUUGCACAGAGCGAAGAUCUCAAAGUAAAAUACAAUGAGGAGAUGAUCAAGAGGAAAAGAUUGUUUAACCAACUCCAGGAGACAAAAGGGAAUAUUAGGGUAUUUUGUAGGUGUCGCCCCUUGAGUGAGGAGGAGAUUUCAUCUGGUUGUCAUGCCAUUAUAGAUUUUGAUGCAGCUAAGGAUGGUGAAAUUGGAAUGGUGACUGGUGGAACAACAAAGAAAAACUUUAAGUUUGAUCGUGUCUAUGCGCCAAAGGACAAUCAAGCUGAUGUUUAUGAGGAUGCUUCACCUUUGGUCACAUCAGUCCUUGAUGGCUACAAUGUCUGCAUAUUUGCAUAUGGGCAGACUGGUACAGGGAAGACAUUCACCAUGGAAGGUACUGAGAAUAACAGGGGAGUGAAUUAUAGAACCUUGGAAGAGCUUUUUAAAAUAGCUGUAGAGAGGAAAGAGACAAUUUCCUACAGCAUAUCUGUGAGUGUUCUAGAAGUGUACAAUGAGCAAAUCAGAGAUUUAUUAGCAACGUCUCCUUCAAACAAGAAGUUGGAAGUUAGGCAAGCAGCUGAAGGAUUUCAUCACGUGCCAGGAAUGGUAGAAGCUAAAGUUGAGAACAUGAAGGAAGCUUGGAAUGUGCUGCAGGCUGGGAGCAAUGCCAGAGCAGUUGGUUCAAACAAUGUAAAUGUGCAUAGCAGUAGAUCUCAUUGCAUGCUUUGUAUAAUGGUGAGAGCAAAAAACUUGGUGAAUGGAGAGUGCACAAAUAGCAAGCUUUGUCUUGUGGAUUUGGCCGGAAGUGAGAGACUAACAAAGACAGAUGUUCAAGGGGAGAGGCUCAAGGAAGCCCAAAACAUUAACAGGUCACUCUCCGCCCUUGGAGAUGUCAUUUCUGCUCUUGCAUCCAAAACUAACCACAUACCUUACAGGAAUUCCAAGCUUACACAUUUACUGCAAGAUUCAUUAGGAGGUGAUUCAAAAGCUUUGAUGUUUGUACAAAUUAGUUCGUCAAACAAUGACAUGGGUGAAACUGUCAGUUCACUAAACUUUGCAAGUCGAGUGCGGGGAGUAGAAUUGGGUCCUGCUAAGAGGCAGACUGACACAGUUGAGCAGCAAAAAAUGAAGCAGAUGCUUGAUAAACUGAGACAGGAAUAUAGAACCAAGGAUGAGUCGUUAAAGAGGUUUGAGGAGAACUGUCAAAACCUUGAGGAUAAACUGAAAGAGAAAGAACAACAUUAUAGGAUGCUACAAGAGAAGAAUAAAGACCUUGCUAGCCAAGUCAACUCAAGUGCAGAAAUCCAAAGCCAAUUGGAUAGGAAACAGUGCCAGUUCAUGGAAAAGUUGAAUAGGAAGGAAGAAGAAUCCAUGAUGUUAAAGCAAAAGGUAUGGUUUACACUAAUAAUAAGAAUUCAAUAUUUUCUGCAAAGAAAAACGUUAACAUUACAGAUUAACAAAUCGAAUUUAUAUUGUUUACAGAUCAAAGAGAUGGAACAGAAAUUGAAAGAGCAGCAACACAGAGAAUCAAUUAGUCUUCAAGAAAAGGUUAAAGAGCUUGAAUUCAAACUUGAUGAACAAACACACUCUGAAAUUGCAGUAAGGAGAGGGUUAAGGAGCUACAAUGUCAACUUAAAGAAAGACUGCAAAUUCAGUUUGCUCUUGAACAAAGAGUUAAAGAGCUUGAAACUCCCUCCAUUUUACUUUCACAGUCUGCCAAUAGAUCAAGAAUUGGAACAGCAAGUGAUGAAUCAACAAGCUAUACUGAUCCUCACAUUCUUAGAACUUCAACAUCUAUAAACAGGCCAAAGACGGGUCAAGUUUCAGCUCUCUACAAAGUCGCAUCUCCUUAUGGAAUCAAGAGGAAAGAAGACCGCAAGCGUCUGAGUAAUGUAUUGACCAACGACCACGAGAAUCAUGGUGUGCUUUCUAAAAGCUUAGUAGAGAAGAAGACAGAACCAAAGGAAAUUAACAGAACUAGGGAACUAGAUCAAGAAAAAGCAUAUGGAAAGGUUACAAGGACAGCAAAAGUUGUCACAAUCCCAAAGCUCUUCCCUCACAGUAGAAUUGAAAAAGAACAGCAAAUCAAAGUAAGAGGAUGGGCCAGGUAGUAGUAGUGUUCCUGCACAACGUCAUUGUUUGAAAAAUUUAAAGUUAUUCUGAAUUGUAUCAGGCUACUGGAGUCAAAACCAAGCAAUCUGAAUUGUAUUGAUUUUGUUACAUUUUGUUGUUCUUGGAAUCCUUGCUGAGAUUGAAGAUGCACCCCAGUUAAUUUUC